AUGGUGAAAUUCCCAUCUCUAACACCCUACUUCCCGCUCAUCCGAUUCCUGGUUCCUCUCGCUAUCACUAACAUAGCCAUCGACCUCGGUGAACAGGCUCUGAACAGGGGUAUUGCAGCGGUCAAAGAGGAUGCGGUUGAGAUGCUGGCCAGCUACGGCUUGGCCUACUCCCUAAUGAAGUUCUUCACAGGGCCUAUGAGUGACUUCAAGAACGUGGGCCUGGUGUUUGUCAACAGCAAACGCGACCGCUCCAAAGCCGUGCUGUGCAUGGUCACCGCCGGGAUAAUAGCGCUCAUCUUUCACGUUCUCAUCGCCUACACAGAAUUGGGCUACUACAUCAUCAAUAAGCUCCAUCAUGUGGACGAUUCUGUCGGAAACAAGACCAGGCGGGCUUUCCUCUACUUGGCAGUGUUCCCGCUACUCGAUGCCAUGGCUUGGACACAUGCCGGUAUUCUACUGAAGCACAAACACAGCCUAUUAGUGGGCUGUGCCUCCGUCUCUGAUGUCAUAGCUCAGAUUGUCUUUGUGGCCAUCUUGCUUCAAAGUCAUUUGGAGUGUCUGGAGCCUAUGUUGAUCCCUAUCUUGUCCCUCUACAUGGGGGCCCUGGUGCGCUUCACUAUUGUAGGACUGGGCUACUACCGCAACGUCCACGACAACAUCCCAGAGUCCAGCGGGCCUGAAGUGGGGGGGGACGCUACCAUCAAGAAGAUGCUGAGUUUCUGGUGGCCCCUGGCCCUGAUCCUGGCCAUGCAGAGAAUCAGCAGGCCUAUCGUCAACCUCUUUGUCUCCCGGGACCUCAAGGGAAGCUCGGCUGCCACCGAGGCGGUAGCAGUACUGACUGCAAGCUAUCCUGUGGGUCACAUGCCGUACGGCUGGCUGACAGAACUACGUACGGUCUACCCCGCCUUCGACAAGAACAACCCCAGUAACAAACUGACCAACAUCAAUACCACAAUCUCCAAUUCCCACAUCAAAAAGUUCACAUUUGUCUGCUUUGCCCUUUCUAUUACGCUAUGCUUUUUGGUGUUCUGGACGCCUCACAUCUCGGAGAGGAUCCUAGUAGACAUCAUUGGUGUGGACCAUGCCUUCGCAGAGCUCUGCGUCCCUCCACUGCUAAUCUUCUCCUUCUUCCCUGUUCCAGUGACCAUCCGGGCUCACCUGACAGGCUGGCUCAUGACUUUGAAGAAGACGUUCGUCCUUGCUCCCAGCUCUGUCCUGCGCAUCAUCGUACUGAUCACCAGUCUCAUUGUACUCCCUUACAUGGGGGUGCAUGGAGCCAGUCUGGGAGUUGGGUCUCUCCUUGCCGGAUUCCUUGGAGAGACGAUAAUGGUGGCAAUAGCUGCCUGCUAUGUCUAUCGAAAACAGAAAAAAAAGAAAGACACGGAAGUUGAAGAGGUGGGGGACGGGGAAGAAGACUCAGCCCCAAUGAAUGAUGUGCGGCCCCGGCGACGAAUGGACGAUAUCGUGGAGGAAGAUGAGUGAGCCACGGAUGCUGGAGGACUCUUAAAGGACGCGCUGGGGGAUAGUACAAGGGAGUUCCCUUGUUUUACCGGGGCAG